ACAUUAUGUAAAAUAUUUAACUUAUAAUGCAUAUUUUAUCAGGGAGAAGGAGACCUUCAGGAUGAAAAUCGGGCCUUGGCUAUUCCUGGCGGUUUCCAAGUUAACAAAGAAAUCGCCAUAACCUCUGGACAGCUUUCUCAGCAGGAUGGAGGUAUGGAUGGCAGAUAUAGACUAGAGCGUUUAGAUGCUACUUUAAAGUCAUCAACCCUUUUCGCUGAGAACCUUGCUGAAGAAAGAAGUAAUGAUUUAUUGGAUCAGGAAAACAUCGAACUGAUGCCGAUACCAUCGACCUCACAGGAAAACAGCAACGCUGCCGCCAUAUUGAUAUCAAGUGAAGAUAUAGGUGAUGAUGAUGAUGAUGAUGAUGAGGGCGAGGAAGAGGAAGAAAACAGCAACUAUUUACUGGAUCAGCAAAGCAUGGAACUGCUGCCGAUGCUAUUGACAUCACAGAGAGACAGCAACCCUUCCACCAUAUUGAUAUCAACUGAAAUUACUGAUGAUGACGAUGACAAAGAAGAAGAUACUCUGGAUCUCAAAAGAAUGGAACUACUGCCAAUGUCAGCGACAUCACAAGGAAACAGCAAUGCUUCCGCAAUACUGAUAUCAAUUGAGAAUGUUGAUGAUGAUGACAAUGAAGAGGAAGAAAACAGUAGCAAUUUUCUGGAUCAGAAAAAAAUAGAAGUGCCACCGAUGCGAUCGACAUCACAGGGGAACAGCAACGAUUCCGCCAUGUUGAUAUCAACUGAAAAUACUGAUUAUGAUGAUGACGACGAAGAAACAGACAGCUUUACUACUCAAAAGCUGUUUUCCUUUGCUUGGCAAAUAGCAAAGGGAAUGGUAGGUAUUAAUAUAACUACCUAGAAAUCAGAUAAAGUAUAACAAUACUUUUUAGU